AUGAGUUGGAGUCAUCGUUUAGCUAAACUUGAGCCAUCGGCAUCGUUUGCUAUGGUAACACCAAUUAACACUGCUGCACCAAAUAGUUCUUGUCGUUUGUCUCCAUUGGAAUAUAAUUUGGCUAAAUACCGUUCAUUACCAUUUCUAUGGUUACGUACUUGUACCACUUCAAAUCAGCAACAUAGACGACGUACAGCCGCUGGAAAUAUUGGUAAUGGUAAAAGUACGAUUCUUACUACUCUUGGUGAUUUCGCUAGUCGAGGACGAACAACAGUUGAAUUAAUUAAAAAGGAAGGUACUCCACUUGGUUUAACCAUAUCAGGCGGCAUUGAUAAAGAUAGUAAACCCAAAGUAGCUCAACUUAAGCCAGGUUCUGUAGCACAAAAAUCGGAUGUCUUAGAAAUUGGUGAUGUUCUACUUGCUAUCAAUGGCAUUAAAACAGCCGGCCUUAAACAUGAACAAGUUAUAGAUUUAAUUAAACAAGUCGGAGACCAAUUAACCUUAGAUAUUGAAUAUGAUUUACCUAAAUGGCCCAUACAUGCAAUUAAUACAGUACAUACAAAAACGAUUCAGAUUCAAUUGGAAAAAGAAGGACAAAGUUAUGGUUUUAUUUUGCGAGGUGGCGGUUCAGAUGACAAGGCCAAAGCAAGACCACUUAUUAUUACAAAGAUACGUCCACAAGGACCAGCUGAUAAAGAAGGAACGAUUAAAAUUGGUGAUCGAGUCUUAGCUAUAAAUGGUAUUAAUGUUGGCGGAGCUACAUUACAAGAUGCAUAUAAUCUUAUGAGACAAUGUCGAGGUACAACAUUAUUUCUUAUUGAAUAUGAUGUGGCUAUUGUUGACAGUGUUAAACAUGCUACUGGUCCGCUAUUAAUUGAAAUUGAAAAAUCACCUGGUUCAACUAUUGGUAUAAGCCUAACACAAAAGUGGGUACGGGGCAAUCGUUCAAUUAUUGUCAUUGACGUUGUUAAACCAGCAAGUAUUGCUGAUCGUUGUGGUGCUCUUCAUUGUGGCGAUCAAAUAAAUGCAAUUGAUCAAAAACCAUUCGAUAGCAUCUCACUAUUCGACGCGAAUACAGUGUUACGUUCGUGUACAGGCGACUUUUGUCGAAUUGAAGUUACUCCAUCGAAUAUAAUUCUUGAACAAUCAAAUGAAAUACGUGUUCAACCAUCACCAAAUCGAAUUUCAUUAAAUGAACAUAAUCGUCAAACAUUUUAUCGUGCGCCAUCGAUCAAUAAUACAAAUUGGACUAUGAAAAAUAGCUAUCAAAAUAUAGCAAAAAGAGCAAUUAAUAAAACACGCCAUAAUUCAAUUAGUUCAUUGAAUUCAUGUUAUCAAACGGUAAUGGGAAAUCAAAUGUGUCAUACAGAAAUAAUGGAAUGCAUACUUCAACUUGAUUCAUCAUCAUCGUCGUCGCCAUCGCAAAAUGAAACGAAUACUGAUGGUGAUGCAGUGGGUAACUUCGGUUUUACACUACAAGGUGCUUCAUUUGCAUCGGAUAUAUUAAUGCAACCACCUAUCAUCGGAUAUUUGGAACCAGGUGGCGUCGCCGAAAGAUCGGGUAUACUUCAACCAGGCGAUCGUAUUCUUUCUAUCAAUGGUCAACAAUUAGAAGGCAUGACAUUAGAAGACGCUCGAACAAUAAUCAAAGAAUCAAAUAAUCGAAUGCAUUUUGAAAUUGAAUUUGAUGUUGCUGAUUCUGUCAUGCUUUCGUCUGGUACAUGUCAAGUAAAAAUUCUACGAAAAAAUCUUGAUCUUGGCCUGUCAGUAACUUAUCCACGUUUAGCACGAACUGAUGAAGUUCCAAUAAUAAAUGAUGUUAAACGUGGCAGUAUUGCUUAUCGUUGUGGAAUGAUUCAAUCAGGCGAUCGUUUACUAUCGAUUGAUACACAUUCGUUACGUGGAAAAAGUUUAAAUGAAAUUAUUUUAUUAUUAAAAAAUUGUGAUGAUAUCGUAAGAUUGAAAAUAAAAAAGGACGAUAUCUAUGCUGAAGAUAAUCUUUCGGAAAAUGUUGUUGUUUAUAAAGUACAAUUAAUUCGACAAGGUGGUCCACUUGGUUUAACAAUAUCGGGUAGCGAAGAUAUAUUUGAGCCUAUUGUUGUUUCAGAUUUAUGUGAAGGUGGCUUAGCAGAUAAAACAAAUGCAAUUCAUAUCGGUGAUCGAAUAUUAGCGAUCAAUGAUAUUAGUCUACGUGGCAAAGGUCUUAAUGAAGCCAUUAAAUUAUUGCAAGCAAGUAGUGAUGAAAUAACAUUAAAAAUCUCUCGAACAAUCCAUCCACAACAAAAAUUAGCACGUUCAUUUCAUCAUCAUCAUCAUCAUCCCGAUGAAUAUACUCCAUCAGUUGAUUCGGCUAUGGAAUCGUGGGAUGGUUCAAAUGCAGAUCAUCGUUUCAGUGACAAUUGCGAAUUGACAAAAGACAUUAUUGUUAAUGACCAUCAGCAACAUUCAAAUUAUCAAGAUACUCCAACAACACAUCACUUGUCACGAAGCGAUUUUGUUCUCAAACCUCAUCAAACACAUUCGAUACCAAUCACCAUACAUUCGAGUCGUUCAACAGGUAUUACAACACCUACCUCGGGAUUUCGAACACCACCAACAAAUGGUCGUCCGCUUGAAGCCAUACGUCAUUCAGAUACUGGAGAUAGUAUGAAUGGAAAUGAACAUAAAUUUUCAACAGUAUUAAAUGAAAAACCUUUAAAAAAUAAUAUGAAUAUUUACGAUACUAAAUAUGAUAAUUGUUCGGCAUCAACAAAUCGACCAAAGCACGAUACAAUUACAUUAAUACUUAGACGCGAUAAACGCGUACUUGACUUUGGUUUUUCAAUAUCCGAUCGACUUUAUGGUACUGGAGUUUAUGUUAAUAAAAUACGUCCCAAUGGGCCAGCUGAAUUAGAAGGGACAUUAGUACCAAUGAUGAGAAUUUAUAAAGUAAAUAAUACAGAUGUAACACGCAUGGAAUGUGGUCAAGUAGUACCAUUACUAGCUUCAUCUGCAGAUGAAUUAAGUCUAGUUGUUGGUCGACGACCAGCUCCUAUGUUCGAUGAAACAGAUGAACUAUUCGAUAUUGAUGAAGAUGAACACCAACCAACUAUUGUCAAUGAUUGUCCGGUAUGGAAUUCAUCCAUAACUGAAACUAUUCACGAAAACGCCAAUACUAACAACAACAAUAAUAAUAAUAAUAAUAACAACAACGAUAAUCAUGAUAAUAAUACUGCGAGUUCGAAUAUGACUACAACUAAUUCAUUUUCACUUCUUUCUCAGUCGAAAACAAGUACUGUAUGA